UGACAAGAAGAGUGGGCUCGGCCAGACCGGGAAGGGCGUUGGGUUUGCGAUGCUGCAGGACAGGAUAGGCUGGCAGAGAAGCCGGGACCCCCACCCAAGCUGAAGCGUGGGAGCCGGGCCUGCCAGGCUGAGUGACACGAAUUACCCUCUGUACAUCCGAAGCACUCCCACAGAGAAUGAGCUCAAGUUCCACUACAUGGUGCACACGUCCCUGGAUGUGGUGGAUGAGAAGAUCUCCGCCAUGGGAAAAGCACUGGUGGACCAGAGGGAGCUGUACCUGGGCCUGCUCUACCCAACUGAGGACUACAAGGUGUAUGGCUACGUGACCAAUUCCAAGGUGAAAUUUGUCAUGGUGGUGGAUUCCUCCAAUACGGCCCUUCGAGACAACGAGAUCCGCAGUAUGUUCCGGAAGCUGCAUAACUCCUAUACGGACGUGAUGUGCAACCCCUUCUACAACCCCGGAGACCGCAUCCAGUCAAGGGCCUUUGAUAACAUGGUAACUUCGAUGAUGAUCCAGGUCUGCUGAGCUGGACCUCUGCCCUAGUCACCUGGAAGAGAAGCCUGUAUUCACCUCUGUUUGAUGAUUAUUUAUUCCCUUUCCUCUCCCUGAAUGUAACCUGUGGGCAGGGCUGUGUGCUCUGUACCUUCCUACUAAAGGCCUCACAUGACGAGA